AUGGAACCACUUCAGUGCACUAUUGAUGACUCGGUCCCUAUACCGUCUAACCUCUCAUCGGAGUUGAAGGAUUUCAUACUUGAACACACGUAUCCUUCGUCCACUGUCGUAGCUGCAAGUGCCCCAUCAGUAGCACCAGUAGCACCAACAUCGUCACCACCACCAGCAUCACCUCUAGCAUCAACACCACCAACCUCAUCACCAGCCUCUUCACCACCAUAUAGUCCUGCACCAGUCAUAUCAUCACGACAUCUCCAAUAUAUUCCAGCUCCAUCAAUCUCGUCACGCUCUAGUACCACAUCCACUAGCUCACUUAAUUCUGAUGACAGCUCGGUAGUGAGGGAAUCUGGAGAUAUUACUCUCAUAUCAUGCCCAACACUGCCCAAACUCGAACAAAAGACUCGUAGUUGGUUUGCAUUUAUGGUACUUAUUGGACGCAACAAGCAAUUACUAAAAGAAGCAGACGCCCAUCAAUGUAUCCGCGGUAUACGGAUUGAACAGAACAAGAGGGCUGAAAAGAAGCUUGUCGGUCCCUCGCCAGUCGAAAAGAAGGACAAGCUCAGUCUGGUACCGUCCGAGCAGGUGGUUUAG